ACCACGUUAAUUGGAGGGUAAUUCUCAAUUAACGGGACGGACAGGGCUGCCACAGGGCACAGCCUGUCCCUGUCCCGGUGGUGUGUGACCCUGACAGGGUGCAGAGCCCCGAAGGGGGUCCCUGUCCUUGUGUAAUGCAUGGCCCUAAUGGGGCAGAAAUGUCCCUUACCCUGUCCCUGUGUGAUCCAUGCCCCUCACGCAGUCCCUGUGGGAUCCAUGGCCCUCAUGGGGCGGGCAUCCCUGUCCUGAUGUGAGCCAUUCCUGUGAUGGGGUGCUGGUGUCCCUUGCCCUGUCCCCAUGGGUUCCGUGCCCCUCAUAGAGGGGUCCCUGUGUGAUCCCCACCCCCGAUGGGGCCCCUGUCCCCGUGGGCUCCAUGCGCUGUCCCCCGCCCCUCGUGAGGCUCCCGUGUUCCGGCCGAGGCCAUGCGCGGGGCCAGCGCUGGGUCCCCGCUCCUCUCUCUUGUUCGCCUCGCUGGACGCCGCCGUGGGGAGGCUGCAGCAGCGGGCGCAGGACGCGCUCAGCCGCCUCAACAGCGGCCGCGAGGAAGCGCACACGGAGCUGAGCGGCGUCAGGGACAGCCUGCUGCUCAAGGUCUCGGAGCUGGCGGAGCAGCUGGAGGAGCGGCUCUUCCACCGCUACGGCUUGCACAACGGGCUGAUCCAGGAGCGGCUGCAGGCGCUCGGCGAGGUGCUGGAGCGCGUGGAGGAGGUGCAGGCGGAGCUGCGCCGCAUCUGCUGCACCGUGGAGGCGGCGUAUCAGGAGCUCUGCCUGCAGCCCGAGGCCUGAGGGCACCCCCAGACCUGAGCGGGACCCCCGAACCCACCCGGCUGUGCCGGGCCAAAGGGGCGUUUUGGCCCCAAAGGGCUUUGCUGUUGCUGUUGCUGUUGGUGGUUGGAACAAAUAAAGGGCUGAAGCCGACCCAAA